CCAUGAUAUGCAGCUCCUCAUCUUCACCUUCCUUCUCACCUUCACCCUCUCCCUUACCCUCCCCCUCUUUCCAGCCAUCCCCUCUUCCUCCCCUUCACCCUACACGGUACGAUACACCCACCACCUCUCAGUGCACAAGGAAGCAAACAGGAUGUCUAUCCGUAACUCAGAGACAGCAAGGCAUAGGUGGGAGAUCGAAAGGAUCUGGCGCCGUCUCCGUGCUAGAGAUCACUCCUCCAGCCCGGCCAAUUAUGACACAUUCACGUUCCGGCCAGGCGGCCAAGCGGCUGUUGUCAGAAACCCCUUCGAGAAGCUAUCUUCGGAUUCUUUUACAGCUCCCAUCCCCACCAUUGCUCCUAGGGGGUUCGACAACUCGAAAUUAAACCCGAGCACGGUUUAUAUAGACCAGGUAUAUUCGAGCCAAGCAGGACAGUGAGCUCUUCCCCCUCUUGCCGACGUUUUUCUCAAGAUAGAACAUGAGCUGAUGGAAAUAGGGAAAAAUUCUACCCUCGACAUGCGCACGACCAUUUUCCCAUUUCGAUCCCGGCCAAUAGUAGGAUAACCACUGAUUCAAGAGAGAAGAGCUUGAGCCCUCAAAAGCCACUUCAGACCGGCACGAAAAAUUCCGGGCCAGGAGAGGCACUUGGAGGGGGCUCCCGUGGCCAGUAUGAGAAGGGGGAAAAAAAAAGAAAACUGAGUGGGUGUGGGAACUAUGGAAGUGGGAGAAACCUGUGGAUCGGAGCAUAGCGAACCCACGAAUGCAGGGGAGGAAGAACCAGAGACCGCCGAGCGCGGGCGGAGCGGAACUAAGACCAUCGAUAGCGGUAAGGUUAACAGCGAAAUCGAAGAUACUGAGGCUGAUCCAGAGAAUUGGUCUGGCGACGACAAGCCUACCGGCACCACGGACGACAGCUAUGGGCAAAACCUCGAUGACCCGGUAGAAACGGACUUACCACGCGGGCUAAAGGUGGCUCUCAAUGAAGUCCACUAAAUUCAUUCUAGCUCUCUUCCUAUUGGUAUCAUAUCCUAUACCAGCUCGGAUCACUUCCCCUUUCUUUUUCCUUUCAUACCUUGAUUAAGCCAUUAACCUUUGUUAUCCACUCCCUUGUGUCCCUACUUUUAUUUUACUUUGGUUAUACACGACUCUAGUACCUGAAUGACCCUAGUAUCUGCUGUAUUAUAGAGUGUUCGUACAUGUUCAUCAACCCAACCACUUAGACCAACUCAACAUCUUCUCCCUCGUACUAAUAGCGCAUGGAGAACAAGUGGUAACAGGGGGUUAAAACAAUUACUGUGCCCAUAGUAUACCAUAGCAGAAAUCGUAUAUAGUCCGACACAACGGCUCCUACGGGUAGAGAGAGCCCAUAUAUGUUAGCAUCAGAGCCAGCAAGAGAGAUUAGAUCAUAUUAGGGGUCUUCAAAAUAGUACUUGCACACCCAAGUUCACGAUAUGGUCCUUUUAAGUACUCUAAAGGAGGAAGGCCUGUUCUGCUCUGCGUCCGGUUGUUUGACAUGAGGUCCUUCCUCCGCGCAGAUAAUACUAACAUUGCCAGUGUAAGGUUAAAAAAAAUAUAGAACGAAAUUCCCGCCACAGUGACCUGCUAUAAUAACAAUCCCGUGCAAAAUGUUAAUAUCGCUCAAUAGUCCCCUCCGUACACUAAUUGUCACAAGAACUCUCAAAUAGAGCAUCCUAGAGGAGCCUGUUGUAACCUAAC